AAUGCACUCGCUCCAAUGGGCUUUUCUUCUCCUCCUCUGCCAUCACAGGGAGAGCUUCCAGGCCUCCCACCGCCCUUCAGCCCAAGCCCCAGGACGAACACAUGCAGAGCCGUUCUGUGGGCCAAGCCCAGGCAGCCUCCAUGCCAAAACAGUCACCCAGUCAAGCCCAGGGGGACCUGCUGAGCCCCCUCCAGCCACCCUGCAGAAAUGAGAGUGAGAACAAAUGGUUUGAAGCCACUGAGUUUGGGGUGGUUUGUUCCACAGCAAUGGACGACUGAUACAAGGGACUACCACGGGUCAAGGUCCCACCCACAUAAGCCUUGGGAGUUCAGUGGGAAGCAAAGACAAACCCUCAUGAAAUGAACAGUCUGGCGAGAUGUAGAUUAAUGAAAGAAUCAGACAAGCAAUACUGAACACUGUGCAGCUUGCAGAGGUCUCCUGGCAGCCCGCCUUAGGAAUUCUGUCUGGCCCCGAUCAGAAUACGGGAGACGAGAACACGAGAUUGAUGAGUUUGCCUUGGGAGUCGGUGAGAAGGUGAAACCAGGGCGAACAUGGGUCAGAAGGUCACUGGAGGGAUCAAGACUGUGGACAUGAGGGACCCCACAUACCGGCCCCUGAAGCAGGAGCUCCAGGGUCUGGAUUACUGCAAGCCCACCCGGCUGGAUCUGCUACUGGACAUGCCCCCUGUGUCCUACGACGUCCAGCUGCUGCAUUCGUGGAACAACAACGACCGGUCGCUCAACGUCUUCGUGAAGGAAGACGACAAACUCAUCUUUCACCGGCAUCCGGUGGCCCAGAGCACAGACGCUAUCAGGGGCAAAGUCGGGUAUACCCGUGGGCUGCACGUGUGGCAGAUCACGUGGGCCAUGAGACAGCGGGGCACACACGCCGUGGUGGGGGUGGCGACGGCGGACGCCCCCCUGCACUCGGUCGGGUACACUACCCUCGUGGGAAAUAAUCACGAGUCCUGGGGCUGGGACUUGGGGCGCAACCGGCUCUACCACGAUGGCAAGAACCAGCCAAGCAAAACAUACCCAGCCUUUCUGGAACCAGAUGAGACAUUCAUUGUCCCUGACUCUUUCCUGGUAGCCCUGGACAUGGACGACGGGACGCUGAGCUUCAUUGUGGAUGGACAGUACAUGGGAGUGGCUUUUCGGGGACUCAAGGGCAAAAAACUGUAUCCUGUAGUGAGUGCCGUCUGGGGCCACUGUGAGAUCCGAAUGCGCUACUUGAACGGACUCGAUCCCGAGCCGCUGCCGCUCAUGGAUUUGUGCCGCCGCUCGGUGCGCCUGGCCCUGGGGAAGGAGCGCCUGGGGGAGAUCCACACGCUGCCGCUGCCAGCUUCCCUCAAGGCCUACCUCCUCUACCAGUGAUGUUCACCAUCGGACCACAGCACGACAGCCACCUGGUGCCACCUCACUGAGCCACCCGCCGCUGGCGCCGCCGCACCCUGCGCCUUGGACCGGCAUCCACAGCCAUGGACAGAGGUCCCUGGUCUUCCCUCAUCCUCCGUGGCUGCCUCCACGGGACAAGGACCGAUUCCAACACAGGCUCCUCUUUCCCCCUUCCCGACAUCAGCAGAAGGCAGCGUCCCUGCAUGCCGUCCAUAUACAACCCCUCUUUGAGAAAAGACACAGAGAAUAAACUCCUACGAAAGCCCUA